GGUUAACAAUGAAUUGAAAUACGUAUUUUCAUGUGCGAUAUGAAGUUUAAUGCUGUGCUUAUGUUAUUCGUUGUGAUUUGCACACUGCGCAAUCUUCAUGCAGCAAGAAUACUGGCUGUUUUUCAGCACAACGCCGAAAGUAACUUCAUCAUGUUCGAGACUCUACUGAAAGCACUGGCAGCAAGAGGCCAUGACGUGGUUGUAGUCAGUCACUUUCCACAGCACAGUCCAGUUAAAAACUAUACAGAUAUAAGCAUUUCGGGUUCUUCCAUUAGAUUUAAUAAUAGUUUAAACAUAAGCGUUGUGGAAAAAGAUGACAAUGUUCUGCUUCCAUUUUUGAUAAUAAGAAACAGUGUGGAAACAUGCAAAAUGGUGUUGGAACAUCGGAAUAUUGAAACUCUACUGAAAUCAGAAGAGAAAUUCGAUCUUAUUAUAAAUGAAAUAUUUGGUAGUGAUUGCUUUUUAGGUUUUGUACACAAAUUCAAAGCCCCCCACAUUUCUCUAAUGACCAGCGUCCCUUUGCCAUGGUCAAACGAGCGUACAGCAAACCCAGACAACCCUGCCCACGUUCAGAACUACUGCGCACAGUACACAGACAGAAUGACUUUCUGGGAAAGGCUGCAGAAUACGGUGCAGACAGAAAUGAUUAAGUGGGUCUAUUACUAUUUCUCUGAGCUGCCAACACAUCGGAUAGCACGUAAAUAUUUUGGGGAUGAUCUCCCAGCCUUGUCGGAUAUUGCUCGCAACGUUAGUCUCGUUCUGGUAAACAGUCACUUUAGCGUAAACUAUCCGAGACCAACAGUUCCGGUCGUCGUGGAAGUCGGAGGACUCCACAUUCAGAGCGCCAGUAAGUUGCCUCAGGACAUACAGACGCUGCUGGAUGAGGCGCCGCAGGGCGUCAUAUACUUCAGUUAAGGCACCAUGCUUCGUUCUGAAACGUUCCCUCCUGAGGUACUGCAGACGUUCAUAGCAGCGUUCACACAGCUGCCAUUUCGCGUCCUGUGG